CGAGGGCCCCAGUUGACUAGGCUCCUGCUCAAAGCUAGAGUUAUUUUCUCUAGACUCGCUGUGGAGCCCUGGGCUCCUCCUGGGAACAAGCCGCCUAGAGGGGCAGUAGGGGCCGAGUCGGCCGCACGGGCUUCUGGGGCUUGUGGUCUCCGGAACCGGCUCCCGCCUCACUUCCCCGAGGAGUGGAAGGCCUUGGGCGGGCCAGCGUUUCCGGGCUAGCGCUGGUGACCACCUGCUGGGCAGCACGUGGAACCCCGCCCCUGGGGAUGGCGCAGAGCGCCUGCUCCAGGGCGCCUGUGCCCGCUUGAGGGCGCCUUCCCCCGCUACAGGAACCCAGAAGGUAGGUGGGGCGGGUCCUGCACAGAUUUCCAAGACGCCCUCCCACCGCGCGAGGCCUGGCUUUCUGCGCCUGUGGACCACUUGUCCCUUCCACGUGCCCUGGAUUUGGACGUGAGCUCGCAAUAUUCGCAGGGACAAAAGCCAGGAUGGAUGUUCAAAAAUGGUAUUUGAGAACUUCAAAGCUGGCUCUGGCCUUGGCAAUUAUCCGCUCAAAACCAGCAGACAAAAGCAGCAGAGAAUACACAGAGCACCUUGCUAUGUUGCUGUCUGAGGAGGAGUCAAAAUGGAAAUCAAAAGUUGAAGUCUUGGAAGCUGAAGUUAUGCAAUUACGUCAAAAACUUCUUGUGGGCAGGCUUUGUUCAGGAUCCUUAAAGAGUGGAAACCUAUCUUCCCAGUUGGAGGCUCAGGAACCUAAGAGUUCUGAAAGUACAUUAGCUUCGAUGGAAGAUUCUGGAUGUGAUUUGUCAAAUGAGCAGAGAACUGAAUCCUCAGACCUGUCCCAGCACUUUGUAGAAAGCUGUACCCCCACUCACUUUCCACCACUGCCUCUUGUGAAAAGACCUUGUGCUAUCCUGCAAAAUCCUUUGUCUUCUCACAUGCAAUUCUUGCAAUAUCUUCUUGAAUUAAAGAACUUGACAGAAUCAGGUAAUCUUAAAAGAGACUUAACCCACUUUGAAAAAGACUCUUCCACAGUCUCUGAUUCUGUUUUUCAGUUGCUGGAUGGCCUGAUCACUUUUUACCGUAAUCCCAAACUUCCUUUUUCAAGAUUUUGGACAGAAGCUGUUGGUACUUUAGCUAGUCUGAUCAGUGACUGUAACUUAUCUAGUCAUAUUCUUAAAAAGUGUUCCAAGAAGUUGGAAGAAUUUGAGAAAACCCUACUACAUGCUAUUUUAGGAAACAAUCAUAUAAAUCGGUUUCAGGUGCAGCGUUAUGUCUCUCAGAGUCUGGUAACCCUGGGAAGCUGCCACUUGUUGAGAAAAUCUAUUAUAUCUCUGCUUCUAUCAGAAGUAAAUGGCUUUGCCGAUGAUCUGGGAGCCAUCAAUCAGGAGCAAGCGAGUUAUGAUGUGUCACGCUAUGAAAACAUUUUCUACCUGUUCUGGGUUCUGGAGCAGCUUCUUCAAAAGGAAACCAAAGAAGGCAACACUUCAAGUAUAGGUCAUGAUGACCAAGAAAUCAAGAAAUUUCUUCAGAAGCAUGAUGAAACUAUUUUCCAACUUUCUGAUGCAUUUCCUUUGUUUACUAUUUAUUUAUGGAGAGUGGGCAUUCUUUUGAACUCAGCACAGAUAGAAUCUCUUAAAAAUAACUCCAUUCCUUAGCAGUUUACCACGUUUGAAGCAUAAUAAAGUGGAAUAUAUGAAAAUCUCAUACUGAAAAGAUUUUCAAUAGUAUUUUAAUUAGCAUUUUAGAAUUGAUCUCUAAAUAUAAUUAUCAAUUCAACUUAAUGGUUAAAUUGUAUGAAAUUUUAUGAAUCAUAUUUCUAUACUAAAAUCAGUCAGUUUCAGUUGGUAAUGCCAUCGUUAUUCCCAUGUAACUAUAUCUUAUUUCACUCAAUAUAGUUUAGCUCUAUUAUUCUGUAAAAUGGACCAUUAAUUGUCUGUCUCUUAAAAGAUACUGAAGUUGUGAAAGAUUUCCAUGCAAUUGAUGCUAAAUGGUAAUCAAAGAGAUUUUUAAAGUUUAGUUGCAUUAUCAACACAAAGUGUUGGAAUAUAAGUGGUCAUAAAUGCAAUUUUAAAAACUUUUUCUUACAUAGUUGAACUUACAUCAUUGCUUUCAUCUUAGAUGAGAAUCAUAUAGAAGUAGAAUUUUUUUAACAUUUGGAAACUUAAUUGUUUUUUAUUUCAAUUUCAUAUGGCCAAUACAUUUG